GAUCUUCAGCAGCAUGGACAACGAUUCUUCCACGUACCAACACGUCUACAGCGCCGUCGACGGGAGCUGCUGGACCCCGAAUUCUUCGCGAGUAUGGUGCACUGGGAUGAAGCCGUCGGACCAUUCUUCGCGCAAGUCGAGCCAUCGCUCCCGCCAACGCAGGGAGCACUGUCAGAACCCGACCUCCCCGCCCCAUACGACCGUCCACACGCGAUGCACUGCGUCUCAACCGCCUUCAACGCCGACAACAACCCCUCUCCCCACCACGCGCCCGACGUCAAGCUCGUGUCGUCCGACGGCGUCCACUUCUUCGUCAGUUCCGCCCUCCUUCGGCGCGCCUCCAGUAACGAGUUCGCGGGCACGCUGCAGAUCGCUGCGUGCGCCACGCAGACCCCGGGUGACGAGCUGCCCUGCGUGUACGUGGCCGACGGCGCGGACGUGCUGAACAUCCUCGUCCACGCCGCCUACAGCGUCUCGCCAUCGAGCUUCAAGCCGUCGCUCGAGACACUGGAGAGCGCUGUCAGGCGACUGCUCACAUACGGCCUGGACCCGCAGACGUACAUCCUUCCUGGAACCGUGCUCUUUGAGACCCUGCGGGGCCAAGCGGCACUUGCGCCGAUGAAGAUCUAUGUGCUAGCGUCGGCGUACGACCUCCUCGGACUGGCGCAGGUGGCCUCCGCAUAUCUGUUGUCCUACCCAUUGCAUAGCUUGUCGGAUCAGGAGGCGAAGGACAUGGGGUCGACGUACCUUAAGCGGCUCUUCUUACUUCACCAGAACCGGAUACGCAUCCUCAAGGAGCUGUUGGAUCGGCCCCCGGAGUUCCACGCAGAAACGGCGGACUGCAGGUUCGCCGCGCAGAAAGGCGUCGCGCGUGGUUGGUCGGCGGCCACUCGACGUGUCAUGUUAGAUGCUGGAGGAAUCAUCAGUAGCACGCUUCAACACGAGUUGGGCAAGUUUAGAGGAGUCGUACCCUGUCACGAGUGUCAGACGGCCAUUGAUGCAAGGAUCUGGCAAGUCGUCGUUGGCUGGACCAUGACGCCUGCUAUCAUAUGAUCUCUCCGUCUUUCUCCCCUAUCUCUGCGCUGUUCGGGGGCCUUGACUUUCGGUUGC